GCAGUAGCAUAUGGACAUUCGAUCAGAGCAGACUGAAGGAGAGAUGCACAUCGAAUUGAAAGAGGCUGUCGAUUUUAUCGUCUCUUACCUUUAUAAUAAUUUACCUAGGAGACGUGUAGAUAUGUUCGGACAGCAACUGGCUAGGCAUUUGACAGUGAAAUUUUCUCAACAUUGGUAUCCAGAUAGGCCUUUUAAAGGAUCCGCCUACAGGUGUAUUAGAACAAGAACUGAACCCAGUAUAGUCAAUUCAGCAACCGAAUCCGGACUGGCAAUUCAAGAGGUGUUGUCAUGCUUUCCUCCUGAUUUGGAUAUAUGGGUAGAUCCUGGAGAAGUAUCUUACCAAUCAGCCGGAGCACCUUUAACAGUCAUUUAUAGUGAACCCAUGCAAUUUUCACUCAAGCAGAAUAGCUUACCCGCACCACCGGAGGUGGUACAAUAUCAACAACAUCAACAAAUGACGGCCAAUAUGUUCGCACGUACAAAAUUCGGUUCAACAAAGCUGAAAGCAGAAAAAGCUUCACGACUAACAGCGGAUGAGCUUUCGGCCUAUGUACGACAACAAGCAAUGAAAAAUUCGAGAGGACCGAGAUAUGAUUGGCAAAAUUCUCCUCUCCAAUUAGCAACACCAUCCUGA